AUGUGUCUCUCCGGACUCACUCAGAUCCUCUAUGGACUUAUUAUGACUGGAAGUGCUAUUCUGACAGCAGUUGCCCUGUUCACACCAGGCUGGAAUACGAUUGAAAAUAAUGUUAAGGAUGUAACAAAUGGCGGCAAACCAGACUGGAAUGGUCUGAUGCCAUGGUCCUGCAUUAGUCACUCUCAGGGAUCGACAUGCUCUGACUGGUGGGCAGAGCUCCCAGGAUGGAUGCGCUGCGUUGUUAUUUGUAUGAUUCUUUCUCUCAUCGUACAAAUCGUUGCCAUCAUUUACAAUCUCUUGACUUGUCUUGCCUGUUGUUGCAAGAAAUACAUCAUUCACCCACUCACCUUGUUUGCCGUCGUCUCCACUAUCCUAUUGCUCAUCACUGUUAUUGUUUAUGCAGCUAAUUGGAGUGAAUUCCAAAAUGGAUUUAACACAAGCUCUCAGCUCGGAUACUCUUUCUGGCUUGCUGUGGGAGCAUUGAUCUUGUCUGCAGCCGAUGUUAUUUUGGGAGCACUUGCAGUCUUCCUUGGAGAGAACUGCUGUUAA